AUGCGCUGCCUGUGCGCUAUAUAUAUACGAGCGUAUGCGCCCCCAUGCCUUUCACGGUGGUGCAGGGUCUCGUUGUUGGCCAUGAGCAAGAGGGACAGAGCGGUGUGGGACGCGGAGACGGGCGCCGCGGACACGGCCCGCGUCCUCAUGCUCCUCGCGCAGGCGCAGCAGCAGGAGCUGCUGCGGCAGCACGGACACGGCGCGCCGUUUCCCACGGGGCUGGUGACGCGCGGGGCCCAGGGGCGCGUGUUCGAGUGCAAGACGUGCAGCCGGCAGUUCCCGACGUUCCAGGCGCUCGGGGGCCACCGCGCCAGCCACAAGCGGCCCAGGCUGCUGCAGCAGCAGAAUCCAGCUGAUUACGCGGGGCUCUGCCUCGGGCGGCAGCCGCUGCUGCCACCGCCGCAGGCACAGCCGACCAAGCCAAGGGUGCACGGGUGCCCCGUCUGUGGGCUCGAGUUCGCCGUCGGGCAGGCGCUUGGCGGGCACAUGCGGCGGCACCGCGGCGAGGCCGAGGCCGACGCUGAGGCCGCGAACAAGCUGCCGGCGCCUGAGAAGACCUGCGACGUUGCCGGUGGGAUCUGCCUGGACCUGAACCUCACGCCGUCGGAGAACUGCGCCAAAUGCCAGAACGUGGUGGGGCUAAGCGCCGCUGGGAAGGGUGUACACAAGGCGCUCGCCAUUUUAGAUUGCUCGCUGUAGUUGAGCCUUGAUUCCGUUAGACUGCACCUAAUUUUCUUUCAUGAUUAUCGUUGCUCGCUGCCUUGAUUCCGUUAGACUGCUCAUCUUGGCAUACUGUUCCAUUGUUAUUUUUUGGGUGUACCCAUUUUCUUUCCAAAAAAAGACAUAUUAGAUUUUUGUAGGUUUCUGUAAUUCUGGGUUUCUUUCAUGGUCUUGUUAAGUAUCUUCAUAGUCCAGGGUAGUUUUGAAGGAAACAUAAAUGAACUCCUGCAUUUACUCUGUGUAAAUAGUAAUAAAUCAUUGUACACAUCUUUUGAUUAA